AUGACUUCCGAGUCAACUAGUGCAGGUGUCACUCCAUAUUUGAUUUUUCUUGUGUUUGUUGCCACACUUGGACCAUUUCAAUUUGGUUAUCAUCUGGCCGAACUCAAUGCUCCUCAAGCUGUCAUAACGUGCGAGAAAGAAGGCAUUCAUACGGCAACCGCUCCUCAUGGCCUUCCGCAAUGCAUUCCCAUGAACCCGUCGCAAUUUGGCUUGGUCUCCUCAAUCUACACCCUUGGUGGUUUCAUUGGAGCUCUGCUGGCAGGCCCAUCCUCCACUAAAUAUGGACGUCGACUUUCCACACAAGUGGCCACAAUAUUCCUCAUACUUGGACCUAUAGUCGAGGCAUUUGCGCCGGGGAUCCCAAUUCUGGCGCUCGGUCGUUUUGUGUCCGGAAUUGGAUGCGGCGCAGCUGUCGUCGUAGGACCAAUCUAUAUCUCUGAGAUUGCUCCCCCUCAGUCACGCGGGUUCUUUGGCGUGUGCACUCAAGUGAUGGUUAAUGUGGGCAUUUUAGUUACUCAGGUACUGGGUUACUUUUGGAGUCAUGGUAGCAUGUGGCGAUGGAUCCUUGCUGCAGCGAGCGUGGUCGGUUUGCUGGGGUUUCUGGGCCUACUUAUAGUACCAGAAAGUCCCAUCUGGCUGGCGGAGAACAACCGUAGAAGCCAAGCUCGCAUCGUCCUCCAGCGGAUUCGCGGGUCGGGCGCCGAUAUUGAGGCUGAGAUUGAGAGCUGGAGAAACUCUAAUACUGCUCCUCCAUCCGGAGAGGAAGAGUCGCUGCUAUCCUCACCACCAAAUGAUCAGCCGGCAACCCAGGUUACAAUGUUUCAGGCUGUGCGGGACCCAUACUAUCGACCUGCUAUCAUCGCAGUUGUGGCAUGUAUGGUCGCCCAACAGUUCACCGGUAUCAACAGCCUGGUCAUGUACAGCGUUUCCUUGCUACAGGGUCUCUUGCCUACUGGAGCUGCAUUGCUUACCAUCAUGACCUCUGUGAUUAAUCUCAUUGCCACGAUAGUAUGUAUGCCAUUGCCUGAUCGCAUUGGCAGGAAGACCUGUCUGCUGCUUAGCAUCAGUGGCAUAGGCUGCAGCUCAGUUCUCUUAGCAUUUGGGUUUGCAUUGAACCAACAGAUCAUCUCCGCCGUUGCUGCCUUGCUGUUCGUGGGAUGCUUUGCCAUUGGUCUGGGACCAGUUCCUUUCCUUUUGGCCGCGGAAUUAGUUGGGCCUGAGGCCGUUGGUGCUGCGCAGAGCUGGGGCCAAUCGACUAACUGGAUGGCCACCUUCGUUGUCGCGCAAUUCUUCCCUGUCUUGAACGACGCGCUGGGUAGUCAAGGCAAAGUCUACUGGAUUUUUGCAGGCAUAGCUGCGCUGUCGGCUGCUUUCAUUUACCAUGUUUUACCUGAGACCAAGGGCAAAUCUAACGUAGACGAGGUCUGGGGUAGAGUGAGCCGUCGGCAAGACUAG